CUUCACUACAAAGUAUUAAGUUUAAGGUGCGAUUUACACACACAGGCACUGUCCCUCCCUGCAGUCAGGGAGGGUCAAUCUACAGGAAAAUACAGGGGCCUCUAUAUGCAAAUCACGCCUUAAACUUUUGAGUCCUUCCUCCUUCACUACAGGGAUAUCAUCUUUAUUUGCUUUCUUUUUACACUUUUUUUUUUUUUUUUUUACAAAUUUCAAGAUAAUUUAAGACAAUAUUUAAAUUAAUAAUUAAUACUACCUUAUUUGUUUGUCAAGAAUAUCCUUGACAUUUCAAGAUGGUGAAGACAAGAUAGUGUAGGAGUACAUAGAUACACCAUUAGAAGUUCGAGGUAGGUUCCAGUAAUGCGGUUUACACCUCGUUGGGUACUGCCACGGUCUCGGUCAUUCCGCUGACUGGACGCCUACCUAAAACACCACACACCCACACCUGCAAUGGUUUUCCUUUAUUGUGAUUUAAGCACCACCUGGAGUUUGGGCUCCAACACCUACCCAAUCAACAGUGCAGCAUGGAUCACCUACAGGGUUGGCUGUAGUGUGUCCCUCAUUGUGUACACAUCAUACUCCGCCACACUGGCCUCACACCUGGCAGUGGAGCAGCCUGUGACUCUGCCCUUCAGCAACCUGCAGGAGCUAUUUAGGCAGUCAGGCUGGGAUGCUGGAUGCAACAACAAUGACCUCUUCAAACAAACCUGUGUGGGCUCCCAGACAGGUGAGUGCCGAGUGCUGAGAGAGGCAUGGAAGAAAGUGGUGCUGAGGUCCCCAGAUAACUUAGUGAACUCCUACACUGAGGGACUGGAGAAGGUCUUGAAUGACUCCUCCAGAAUCAAGGAACUGCCAGUCCAGUACAUCACAGGAGGUAUUGCUAUUGGGCUGCAAAAAAAAAUUCACCCUUCAGGAAGUUAUUUGACCACAGGUGUGUUUGCAUGUGUGUGUAUGUGUGUGAAUUAAGAUUGAGGAGAAGACAGAAAGUGGAUAGAGGGAUGGAACUGCAAAGGAUAGGAGUAAGAAAGGAAGGUGCAAGGGACAGAUACAAUGACACAAUAUUCCUUUUAAAUCUUCCUUAUAAAAUUCAAUCUCCUUAUAAAAUCCUGAUGUGCCUUUAUUUCCAUACAUCCUGCAUUUUACUGCUAUAUUAUUACACAACAUAAAAAGCAUAAUAAUAUACUUCAGUUUUCUUCCACAGUGACACAAAUUCCUUUCAAUCUUCUGUACCAGACUUUCUCUCCCUACAAACUCUCAUACACUCACCUUACUUACUCUUCCUACAGCCUUCAGAAGAUGCAUGAGUCAAGCCUGAUGAACAAGCUGAGGACCACAUAGAUGAUUAGCUGGGUUCUCAAGAAAGAUUUCUCCUGUUGAUAAAUUUGAAAACUUAUUAAUUUGGCAUUAGACUUGUAUAAGCACCUCAACACCCAUGUAACUUCAUCCAAAGCCUUUUAAAAGCAGUGGAAGUGAGGUUUAGAAGUGUUUCAGAACAUUGUCCAACAUACCUAAAACUUGAAAGCAUAUGAACUGAGUGACAAUCUCACACAAGGAGGCCAAGGCAAAGUGCAUAACAUAACUUAAGAAUUGAAAGUCUCAUAUAUCCUGCCAUGUACAUAAGAGUAUAAUGGAAGCUGCAAGACUACACAAGGCAGGCAGUCCCUCUAUAAAGCAUAUUUAUCACACUUACAGAUACAUGCAAGUAAAAAGGUGGCAGACAGUGAGUUCCUGGGGUUUGCUGACCUGUAGGAACUGCAGACAAUAACAAGAGACAAGACACCUACACUUUUUUUUUUUUUUCAUGUACGAGGGACACUGGCCAGGGGUAAAAAAAAAAAAAAAAAAGUCCCCAAAGUGUCUGAAGCAGUAGUAAAAAAUUAAAGGACAAGUGUCUUGAAACCCCUUUAUUGAAGGAGUUCAAGUCAUAGGAUGGUGGAAAUACAGAAGCAGGCAGGGAGUUCCAGGGUUUACCAGAGAAAGGGAUGAAUGAUUGAGAAUACUGGUUAACUCUCGCAUUAGAAAAGUGGACAGAACAGGGUUAAGAGAAAGAAGAAAGUCUUGUGCAGUGAGGCCACAGGAGGAAGGGAGGUAUGCAGUUAGCAAGAUCAGAAGAGCAGUUAGUAUGAAAAUAGUGGCAGAAGACACCUAGAGAUGCAACAUUGCACUGAGGAGAGAGGCUGAAGACAGUCAGUUAGAAGAGAGGACAGUCAGUUAGAGGAGAGGAGUUGAUGAGACAAAAAGCUUUUGAUUCCACCCUGUCUAAAAGAGCGGUAUGAGUGGGACGCCCCCCGCAGACAUGUGAAGUAUACUCCAUACAUAGACAGAUAAGGCCCUUGUACAGAGGUAGCAGCUGGGGGGAUGAGAAAAACUGGCGGAGACAUUUCAGAACACGUAACAUCAUAGAAGCUGUUUUUGCUAGAGAUGAGAUGUGAAGUUUCCAGUUCAGAUUAUAAGUAAAAGACAGACCGAGGAUGUUCAGUGUAGAAGAGGGGGAUAAUUGUGUGUCAUUGAAGAAGAGGGGAUAGUUGUCUGGAAGGUUGUGUUGAGUUGAUAGAUGGAGGAAUUGAGUUUUUGAGGCAUUGAACAAUAUCGAGUUUGCUCUGCCACAAUCAGAAAUUUUAGAAAGGUCAGAAGUCAAACAUUCUGUGGCUUCCUUGCAUGAAAUGUUUACCUUCUGAAGUGUUGGACAUCUAUGAAAAGACGUGGAAAAGUUCAGGGUGGUAUCAUCAGCAUAGAAGUGGACAGGACAAGAAGCCUGGUUUAGAAGGUCACUGAUGAAUAACAAGGAGUCGGUGACAGUACAGAACCCUGUUAAUAGAUUUAGGAGAAGGAAUGGCUUAAGUUAAUGCUUAAGAAGUUUUGAAAAAGGAAAAAAAGGUGACUGGGACGUGAGAUGUGAAUACAAGUGAAUGGCAAAGUGGGGAAAAAAUAUAAAAUACCAUGAGCUGCUCUUUGCAAACACUUUAAAAAAGAAAAAAAAUAUUUGCCAUUCUACUGGAAAAGAAAAUAUGAGACUAUAAACGAAUGACUGAUUACAUGGCACUGUGUGUGUGUGUGUGUGUGUGUGUGUGUGUGUGUGUGUGUGUGUGUGUGUGUGUGUGUGUGUGUGUGUGUGUGUGUGAAUUUCCUAAAAGAAUACUUGGGAUGAGCAAAAAAAAUUAAAUAAAUAAAUAAAAAAAUAAAAUAAAUAAAUAAAUAUAUAAAUAAAUAUAAAUGAAUAAAUAAAUAAAUAAAUAAAUAAGUGAAUAAAAUAAAUAAAUAAAGAAAUAAAAUAAAUAAACAAAUAAAAAAUUAAACAACACAUGAAAUGGUACAUUUGUCUAUGCAUGAGUCUCAUUAGCAGUGCCACACUUACAGAUUAGGGCAUCCAAGGUGGCUUCCACAUUUUGUGUUGCCUCCAAGAUUUGAUGCAGGUCUGUUGAUGGUUCUACAAUGUGCUAUCUGCUGUACUUGCUCUUCUGAGUUGCAUUGGCUGUGGGCGAAGGAGGACCAGUGAGUGGUAGUAGUCAGAGUUCUUAUGACUGUCUUGUGGACAAAAGUGACGCACGGAAAGGAUUCCAAAUACAGUAAUAGUUAAUGUGUAAAUCUUUCUGUCCACCAAGCUGGCAAUCCUACAUGGGCAGCCUAAAUAAAGCACUACACACUCAUACACACAUCGUUCAUGCUUUUAGUCCUACUGGCCCCUGCCAGAAAGAGAUUGUCUCAUGGACCACCCUGCUACAUUCCAGCCAGACCCUAGGCAUAAUUAACACAGUUUGCCACAUAUUUCCACAGGAAAGCCCAACAGUAUACACAGGUUUACCACCCCUGCCCCUUCAUAAUGAGACCAUUCCCAGCUCCACACUCACUCCAAUCCUUAAGCCACAACAGAUGCAGGGUACUUUCUAUGGACUGCCCUUCACCUUAACUGGGUUUAUAAAACAAAAUCAUCCUUUAUUUCAUCUCCCAUCCCCACAGCUAUUUCUUUACACCUCAGGUCUGUGUCUUCUAACCCAUGAAUACAGAUGCUCCCCAACUUACAAACAUCUGGAGAUAGGAACAAGAAUCCCUGGGACAAGAGUCCCCACAAGUCCAAAUUCUGUUUGUCACUCCAGCACAGAUUCAAAUUCACUGCGUGCACCCACCACCUAGUGCCAUGCUUGAGCACUAUCCAUGCAUAGCAAAGGAGAGAGACACCAUGUUGUUCUCAUUCAACUUCUGACCUGCUAACACCAGUUUGACUGUGCUCCAAGAUUUGUUUGCAUAUUUUCCAACUUUCUGAUUAUUGAUCAUGGCCGGUGACAAGCAUAAGGCUAGUGAUGAUGUGAAAAUGCUAAGUGUCAAGUUAUCUCAAAAGAAAGUAAGAUGGUUUUAAUAAAGAUACAACUGUGGAGAAAAAAAAUGGCAAACAGAGCCUGCACAUAUGUUACAGUAGUAUUUGUACAAUUUAUCAGCUUAAUUUGUUUUAAUAUUACAUACAUAAUAUCUUUAUCAGUGAGCAUAAUACAGUGAUGUUUUAGCACAACCUGAAUGUAUGCAUCCAAAUUAAUUUACAAAAUAACUCCUUAUGAACAAAAAAAUUAUAAACAGUAAUCUGGAACCAAACUUGUUCAUAAUAUGAGGAACAUCUGUGUGUGUGUGUGCGUCUGUGUGUGUGUGUGUGUGUGUGUGUGUGUGUGUGUGUGUGUGUGUGUGUGUGUGUGUGUGUGUGUGUGUGUGUGUGUUUGUGUGUGUGUCUUUUUUUUUUUUU